GUGUAUGGCUCGAGUUUCGUGGUCGAUUGUGAUAUUAGUAAGUGAUUUUGACGUAAAAGUGAUUGUAACGAAAUGUUUUCAAUAAUUUAGUGGACAAUGUGUGGACAAAAUUUCAGUUAAUUUUGGACAAAUGCAUAGGAUGUGAUGUUUCGAUUCCAAUAAUAUAAUCCACAUUGUGAAAAGUGAAAUAAUGGCGUUAGUAACAGUGCAGAGAGCUUCUAAAAUUACAAACUGCUGCAAGAACGUGGAGCCGAAUGCCAAAGAAGUGAAGAAAGCGUCCAACAAAAGCUUAAAUGAAAAUUACUUUGCUGGAAAAGGUACCGCCGUUGUGCUUCCGACAAGUUCUAGACCAGUUUGUCGAUCUUUACACUUAAACGCAUAUCCGCCUCCUGCACAUUUGCAAACGCCAUUAUUGCACCUGCCAAGUAGUGAAAUACAGCACCAUUUACAAUCUAUGUGCUGUCUGCUUGAGCCAGAAGAUACACUUAAAAUGGCUGUUAAACUCGAAAGUGUGCAUUGUGGACGAACGCGUUACUUGGUUGUGGUGUCUAAUGGCGAUCAAAGUUGUUUGCUGGGUAUCGAUUAUGGUUUGGUGACUGCUAUAGGACUUGUACUACCUGUAUUAGCUGAUACGACAAUCACACUUGACGGAGAUGGAGGUUUCAAAGUUCGCAUAUGUAAUUGUCAACACAUAUUUAAACCCGUAUCGGUACAGGCAAUGUGGUCAGCUUUGCAGACUUUGCAUCGAGUUAGCGCAAUUGCUAGAAAAAAUAAUUUUUAUCCCGGAGGAUUAUCGCACAAAUGGGUGAAAAAUUACGAAUCCAGAAUACACUCGGACCGAUCGUGUUUAAACGAAUGGCAUGCCAUGGACGCUUUGGAGUCACGAAGGCCUCUUUCGCCAGAUUCAUUGCGGGCAAAACCUAGUGAAAGAACAGAGACUGAAUGCAUAAUAAGAUCAAAAUUGAAAGAAAUUAUGAUGUCUGUUGACUUAGAUGAAGUGACUAGUAAAUAUAUUAGAACUAGAUUAGAGGAUGAUUUAGACACAGAUCUUGGCGAAUAUAAACCGUUCAUUGAUCAGGAAAUGAUAGUUAUAUUAGGACAAAUGGAUGCACCAACUGAAGUUUUCGAAAAUGUUUUUCUAGGAUCUGAAUGGAAUGCAAGCAACUUAGAGGAAUUACAAAAAAAUGGAAUAAGACAUAUUUUAAAUGUUACAAGAGAAAUUGAUAAUUUUUUUCCUGGUAUGUUUGAUUAUUUGAAUAUCCGUGUAUAUGAUGAUGACAAUACAAAUCUCUUGAAAUAUUGGGAUGAUACCUAUAAAUAUAUUUCUAGAGCUUCCAGGAGUGGUUCCAAAGUUCUUGUUCAUUGCAAAAUGGGCAUAAGUAGAUCUGCAUCCGUUAUAGUAGCAUAUGCUAUGAAGGCAUAUGAUUGGGACUUAACACAAGCAUUAAAGCAUGUAAAAAAUAAAAGAAAUUGUAUAAAACCGAACACAAAUUUUGUUAGCCAAUUAGAAACAUACCAGGGCAUUUUAUAUGCUAUGAAAAAUCGUGAAAAACUGCAAAGAUCAAAAUCGGAAACAAACUUGGAAAAAAAGAUGAUUCUCCUGGGUGGAGAACCAACUCCUUUAGUUCAAGCUCUAGAGAAAGAAAAAUAUGCUUCUGUGAAGACUUUAUUUAAUUCAAGGCCAAAAUCAUGGUCCUUGUGCAAUGAUGCAGAAGAACCCAGUCACUUAAAAUCAAUUACUUUAUCUUUAGAUGAUGUUACUCAGAAAAAAAACAUAAUACUGCCCUGUAAAAAUGGAAAAGUGUACAGUGUCUCACAAAAUAGAAUUAUGCAUUUAGAGCGCAAAAGUGAAACGGAGCCUUCUAAAGUAAAAAAUAUUGUUUGUGAAUUUGAAACCCAAAAUAAAUCAAUGGCUAGAAAGCUUAUGUGGGAUCCAGGUCCCAAUCUUGAUUGCAGUGAUAGUUCCGAAAGUUGUGUGCAGAAUGAAAAUAAAAAAAAAGCUAAACAAAAGUUGAAAAGCUAUUUAACUCGAAAUUCAUGGAAUGCACUCAAUGGUGUUGUAGAUGAUAGCAUAUAUACAAUAUUGUAUAGACAUAAUACAUUGGAUUCUGAAAAUAAUAAAUUACCUAGUGAUAUGUGUUUUGGUCCCUGUGAUACAACUUUAUGUAACAAAAAUGUAAAAUGUAAACGAUUUAAAUUGGAAUUUGGUUACGAUGAUAAAUUAAUGUCACCAGUAGAUAUAAACAUUAUAUGUCCAAAGCCAUAUCAAAAUUCUUUCUGUGAUAUACAAUCCACAAACAAACCUUACAAGCUUAGAAAUACGGCAUCUGAAAUGUUUUAUACAUCAGUAAUUAGAGAGAAUGUUUUAUUGCGAUCUAAAAAUUUUUCAUCAAUUAGUGUAUCAUUAAUAGAUAGCAUAAAACCAUUUAAACCAUUUGGUCUUGUAAAAAAUUUAAAAUUGGAAUAUGAGUCUAAAACUGUCAAAAAUAAUUUUUGUAAAAAGUCAUUUAGUAAGACUGAUAAGAAGGCCAGGGCGGAAGCAAAAACUGAAGAUUUAUCUGUGAAAUAUCUAGUUGGAAAAUAUGAAAAUACCAAUCAAGAAAUCUCAUCUCAAUACAUAAUAAAUAAGAACAAAGAAAAUCUAAGAAAAAAUUAUGGUGCUCCAGUUUUUACAUGCAGUACAAAUUUAAUUGAUUCAAGUUUCUGUUCAUUACCCAUCAUUAAAAAAAAUCAGACCAAACACAAAGUACAAUUACAUCAUGGUAAAGUACAUUGUUUAAGCAGGUUGACUCUAAUCAGGUCCAAUAACAACUCCAACACAUGCAAUACCAUGUUACAUUUACAUUGAAAUAACUAAAUAGGCUGUGAUUUAAUUAAAUUGUGUAUUUAUCAUAAUAUAAAUUAACAUACUGCAAUGCAAGUACAUAUUAUUUGAAAUGUAAUAAAGAUAAUUGUGAAUAUGUAUACACAUCUGAAAAUAUGUAUGUGUGUCAGUGAUAGUCAAUCUCAUCCUUACCGCAUGCAUUUGGGCGUUUUAGCUUUUAUAGUCGCCGGUGUGGGUUUGCUUGAUGCUGAAACUACUGGAUUACUCAAAUAUUUUCCAUGACGUUAAUCGAAAAUAUUUUUAUCACAUUUUCAUAUUUGUAAUAAAAUAUUGUAAGCUUUAAUAUGAAGUAACGCUACUCUAUUAAAUUUUAUAAAGAUUUUUAAACAUUGAUUCUAAUCAUUUUUUUGAAAUUAGUGAACU